GAAGUUUUGGACAUGUUACGUUCUCGAGGAGCAAUGAGCGAUCCUAUGGGUUGCCUUGGACUUGUUUCUAAAUCAGAGUGUAAGGUGUAUGAUUACCUUCUCCAAAAAGCUGCUUGCAACCAGAGUAGGGAAGGAAUUGAAAGUUUUAAUAGAAGAUGUGAAGAGUUCAAUAAAGGAAAUGAAAAGCGCAAGCUAACAAAGGCUGAAAUCUUGAAUAUUAUCAACUUGAGGCCAUCCAGCCUUGCCGAGCUUUAUGCGAUUAUUCCCAAUGUAGAAUCUCGCUUCAGAGUAAGCCAAGAUGGGAGUGCAGAUGAUGUUGUGGAACUCUUCAAUAUUGUGCGCCAGAUCUUGCCACAACGUCCAGAAAAUCCUGAACAGGUGCCACCUGAGCAAGAGGGAACAUAGGAUGUAGACACAAUGGAACAAAACUAGACUGUUAUUUGCUUGUUUUUACUGCAGCUAAAAACUCAUUUAGUUGCUUGUACAUUAAAAAAAAAAAAUUAUUAUGUGAGAAUUUUAUUCUUUUUUAUUACUUUUGUG